AUGUCCAGCAACGAACACCAGUGUCUACAACCAUUCGAGCUCCGAGUCAUUGAACGACCUUCAGACGAAACAUUACGUGCAAUCCUUAGAUCUACUCCCUUCGUUCCGUACGGAGCUGAAGCUGAAGCGAUACAAGAUGACAUCGCUGAUGCGGAGUCAGAAUUGGAGAGGCUGCAAGACUACAUCGUUGACGCGAAUGUUUCUAUCACGGCAACUGCAGGUUUUCCAUGGAAGCUUGGCUACGUCUGCGGCUGCUGGAGAGACAUUGUGUUGUCCUCUCCAAAAUUGUGGUCAUGCAUCGACCUCGGCUUUCCCGAUAAGCAAAUAUCCAAUCGCAGGGGACUGCAAGCGUGCAAUCUCCUCAAGCUUUGCCUUGCCCGCUCUGGACAACACCCAUUGUCGAUUCGUCUAUGGGCUCACAAACCCAAUGUAGAAAUCAGCAGGGAUAUCGUAAAGAUUGCUUUGCAAGUUCAAAACCGUUGGAAAAAUUUGCGUUUUGGUGGGAACUGGGAAGAAAUUAACGACUCACAUGCGCUCCUUCCCCCCACACUGAACCUUCCCCUGCUACAAAGCCUCGAAUUUGACCCCCCACUUCAUUUCAGACUCUCAAUAGUCUCACCCAGCCUGGAGUCUUUAGAUUUAAGAUCAACUUCCAAUUUAUCCGUUCGGACUCUGACUCAAGAAUGGCCACGAAUCACGCAUCUUACACUAUCUCUCGAUAUCGACCCAGACGAUUUCGCCAGUACCCUCCUCCAGUUGCCAGAGCUAUUAGAACUCAACAUCAUUUCCUUGCAUCCGAGUCGAAGCAGCCCCUCUACUCCUGUCCAUCUUGACCGUCUCCUGAUUCUGAAAACUGCCCUCGAAAAUCCCAUCAUCGGCAACCUCACCACUCCCAAUCUUCGGACACUCCUGGUUCGCGGCGAACUUCGUACGCCCUCGGAGAGUCUUUCAGGCGGCCAAAUCAUUGCCAAUCUCGUGCAACGCUCCCACUGUUCUAUUUUUCGCCUUACUCUGCGUCGGGAUUUUUCAGUCCGAGCCUUUCUUCAAAUUGUGGGCGUCACUCCGAAUGUCGAGCAUCUUGAUUUGCUCCGAUACACACGGGGGAACACACUCUGGGAACAUCUGAUGCACGAGGGGGAUCUCACCCUUCUUCCCCGCCUUCGUGCCUUGAAUCUCGGCGUGGUUUCUUCGUCAGAAUGUAGAGAUUUGGUUCACGUUGUGAAGUCAAGAGCAGCCACGCCAUCAAGUUCGGAGGGACAUGGUUCUUCACCAGGAAGGCUGAGAAAUCUCAGCCUUCGACUUCCUCGAGUACAAAAGAACAAAGACCGCCUAGAGAUUCAAUAUCUUGAUCAGCUUCAAGGAUUUGGUGGUCUCAAUUGUGGUGUCCUGGCCACGGCCUAUCACAUUUUGGUCUGGUCGGCUCGACCGCCUUCCAGAACAAUCGUCCGUCUAUCCCUAUUUGUCUCGACUGCCUCCUGUUUUAAGAUUGCACUUCAAGGAAGCCACAUCAUCGGAAAUUAUAUCCCCAAUCUUUGUGGUCAAGGUGACUCAACCGCCACUACGCUCGCUGAGAUUCACUCGGAGUUCAAAUCCCUCUUUCACGAAUCACGAUUACGCCUCGGUGAGGCGCCAUCGAUAUCGCCAUCAUCAAGUUCAGUGAUUUGUGCCCAACACGUACUCCUACUUCGGCUAACAUUCCUCAUGACUCUAUCUGCAACGGUAUUCCUUCAGAUGUCCGGCCACGAACAUCGUCUGCAACCAUUCAAGCUUAUUGAACGACAUUCAGAAGAAACAUUACGUGCUAUCCUUAGAUCUACCCCCUUCGUCCCAUACGGCGCUGACGCUGCAGCGAUACAAGAUGACGUCGCUGACGCGAACUCAGAAUUGAUGAGGCUGCAGGAUGAAAUUGCUCUUGCUAUGGCGAGGGCGAGGCAGCUGAAAAGUGAACGUCGGCUCAUCCUGCUUUCUACUCCCGUCGUUCCGUACGGAGCUGAAGCUGAAGCAAUACAAGAUGACAUCGCUGAUGCGAAGUCAAGACUGGAGAGGCUGCAGGGGGAAAUCAGUCUUGCCACCGCGAUAGUGGAGCAGCUGAAAUGGGAUCGCCGUCGGCCCAUUCGAUCUUAUAUCAAGCUGAGAGAAGCAAUCUUUGCCCCUAUUCGCCAGCUUCCGACUGAGAUUUUGUUAGAGAUUUUCUUGAUUGCUUCACCCAGUACGGUUUCUAUCACGGCAACCGCGGGUUUUCCAUGGAAACUUGGCCACGUCUGCGGACGCUGGAGAGACGUUGUGUUGUCCGCUCCAAAGUUGUGGUCCUGCGUCGACCUCGGCUUUCCCGAUAAGAAAAUAUCCAAUCGCAGGGGUGUGAAAGCGUGCAAUGUCCUCAGGCUUUGCCUCGCCCGCUCUGGACAACAUCCAUUGUCGAUUCGUUUAUGCGCUCACAAGCAAAAUGAAAAAAUCAGCAAGAAUAUCGUAAAGAUUGCUUUGCAAGCUCAAAACCGUUGGAAAAAUUUGCGGUAUAUCAGUGGGAACUGGGAUCAAAUUCCUAGCUCAGAUACACUCCUUCCCCCCACCCUGAACCUUCCCAUGCUGCAACAUCUCGAGUUUGACCCCCAGCGUCACGGCAGACUCUCAAUAGUCUCACCCAACUUGGAGUCGUUAAAAUUAACAUCAUCUUCCGAUUUAUCCGUUCGGACUCUGACUCAAGCAUGGCCACGAAUCACGCAUCUUACACUAUCUCUCCGCAUGAACCCAGACGAUUUCGCCAGUACCCUCCUCCAGUUGCCAGAGCUAUCAGAACUUGAUAUCCUUGGUGUAUAUAGAUGCGACAGCCCCUCUAUUCCUGUUCAUCUUGACCGUCUCCUGAUUCUAAGAACUGCCCUCGAAAAUCCCAUCAUCGGCAAUUUGACCACUCCCAAUCUUCGGACACUUAUGGUUUCAAGCUAUGGCGAAUUAACGUCCUCCGAGGAGAGUCCUCCAGGUGGCCGAAUCAUUGCCGAUCUUGUGCAACGCUCGCACUGUUCUAUCUUUCGCCUUAGUAUUCUGUCGUCUUGGAAUCUUUCAACCCGAGACCUUCUUGGCAUUGUGGGCGUCACUCCGAAUGUUGAGCAUCUUGAUUUGCUCAUCAGCCAAAGGAAAGAAAUCUGGGAACAGCUGAUGUACAAGGAGGAUCUCACCCUUCUUCCCCGCCUUCAUACCUUGAAUCUCGACAUAGUUUUUCCGUAUGAAUGUCGAGAUGUGGUCCACAUGGUCAAGUCCAGAGCAGCUCCGCCAUCAAAUUUGGAGGGACAUGGUUCUUCGCCGGGAAGGCUGAGAUUUCUCAGCCUUAAACGGCUUCCUGUAAAAAAGAGCAAAGCGCGCCGGGAGUUACAAUAUCUUGAUCAGCUUCAAGGAUUUGGAGGUCUCAAGGUUCAAUUUGAUGUUGCCACUUGA